AGGUUUUUGACCUGAAAGCCCCCAACGACUCCACGAGACGGCACCCCUUCCCAAGCUCUCCAGCUAACUCCGAUCCGCGCACAAGGCAACAAGCAAAUCCCCAUCCAAACCCCAAAUCAAAUGCUCUCUUCUUCGACUACCACCGCCUCCCCCGCUUCGUCACAUCCUUAUCGCCCCGCCUACCCGCGCGCCAGCCUCCGCCCCGUCCUCGCGAUGGCGGGCUCCGACGACCCCCGCGCCGCGCCCGCCAGGUCGGUCGCCGUCAUCGGCGCCGGAGUCAGCGGGCUCGCGGCGGCGUACAGGCUGAGGAAGAGCGGCGUGAACGUGACAGUGUUCGAGGCGGCCGACAGGGCGGGUGGGAAGAUACGGACCAAUUCGGAGGCCGGGUUCCUCUGGGACGAAGGGGCUAACACCAUGACAGAAGGUGAACUGGAGGUCAGCAGGCUAAUUGAUGAUCUUGGUCUACAAGACAGGCAGCAGUAUCCUAACUCCCAGCACAAGCGUUACAUUGUCAAAGAUGGAGCACCGGCACUGAUUCCUGCGGAUCCCAUUUCACUAAUGAAAAGCAGUGUUCUUUCUACGAAAUCAAAGCUUGCGUUGUUUCUGGAGCCAUUUCUGUACAAGAAAAGUAACACAAGAAACUCUGGGAAAGUGUCUGAUGAGCAUUUAAGUGAGAGUGUCGGGAGCUUCUUUGAACGCCACUUUGGAAGAGAAGUUGUUGACUAUCUUAUUGAUCCAUUUGUAGCUGGAACAAGUGCAGGAGAUCCCGAGUCAUUAUCUAUUCGUCAUGCAUUUCCAGCAUUGUGGAAUUUGGAAAGAAAGUACCAUUCUAUCAUUGUUGGUGCCAUCUUGUCUAAGCUAACAGCUAAAGGUGACCCAGUAAAGACAGGAAGUGAUUUAUCAGGGAAAAGAAGGAAUAGACGUGCGUCAUUUUCAUUUCAUGGCGGCAUGCAGUCACUAAUAAAUGCACUUCACAAUGAAGUUGGAGAUGAUAAUGUGAAGCUUGGUACAGAAGUAUUGUCAUUGGCAUGUACCUUUGACGGGCUCCCUUCGACCGGUGGGUGGUCGAUUUCUGUUGAUUCGAAGGAUGCUGGUAGCAAGGAUCUUGCUAAAAACCAAACCUUCGAUGCUGUUAUAAUGACAGCUCCAUUGUCUAAUGUCCAGAGGAUGAAGUUCAGAAAAGGUGGAGCUCCCUUUGUGCUAGACUUUCUUCCUAAGGUGAAUUAUCUCCCGCUAUCUCUUAUGGUGACAGCUUUUAAGAAGGAAGAUGUCAAAAAACCUCUGGAAGGAUUUGGAGUCUUGAUACCCUACAAGGAACAGCAAAAACAUGGUCUGAAAACCCUUGGGACUCUGUUCUCCUCAAUGAUGUUCCCAGAUCGAGCUCCUGAUGACCAAUAUCUGUAUACAACAUUUGUUGGGGGAAGCCACAAUAGAGAUCUUGCUGGAGCUCCAACGUCUAUUUUGAAACAACUUGUGACUUCUGACCUUAAAAAGCUCUUGGGUGUAGAAGGGCAACCAACUUUUGUGAAGCAUAUAUACUGGAGAAAUGCUUUUCCUUUGUAUGGCCGUGAUUACGGUUCAGUAUUGGACGCUAUAGAGAAGAUGGAGAAAAAUCUUCCAGGGUUCUUCUACGCAGGAAAUAACAAGGAUGGGCUGGCUGUUGGUAAUGUUAUAGCUUCAGGAAGCAAGGCUGCUGAGCUUGCAAUCUCGUAUCUUGAAUCUCAGACCAAGCACAAUAAUUCUCACUGAAGGUAUCUUCUACCAAUGGCAGACAAAAUUACUCGGUUCAUGCAGAAUAGAAACCGUCGUGAUGCAGUCCCAGGGCCUCUUCAUGUAUUAUAGGCUUUCGUUAAACAUCGACCCAGUGUAGACACAUGUGUAAAGUGAAAAAAAAAUGAAAAAUCUAUUCUGGUGGCUGAAAUACUUCUUUUUCCCCCAACAAGUGACCCUUAACACAUGCUGCUGGAAGUAAAUUUAAUUUUGUUGACAUGUUUGAGAAUACAUGUGCUGACAACUUGACAUGUAAUAUUUGUCCAUUACGAUUUUA